UCCUGUCGUGGGGAGACCUAGGGCUACGCCGGGCGGCACCUCCUAUUUCCUGUCGUGGGGAGACCUAGGGCUACGCCGGGCGGCUUCCGGCUACGGCUGCUACUGCUUCCCUUCUGCCCCCCGCCGUCCUAGUUGAUUCCUGAACGUUUCUUUGGUUCCGCUGCACGUGCAGCUUUUGUUUUAUGGCGACUGCCUCGUCCCAACCCGCGGCCCUGAGCGCCGAGCAGGCCAAGGUGGUCCUGGCCGAGGUGAUCCAGGCCUUCUCGGCCCCGGAGAAUGCCGUGCGCAUGGACGAAGCUCGGGACAACGCGUGCAACGACAUGGGCAAGAUGCUGCAAUUCGUUCUGCCCGUGGCCACGCAGAUUCAGCAGGAGGUUAUCAAAGCCUAUGGCUUCAGCUGUGACGGGGAAGGUGUCCUUAAGUUUGCCCGCUUGGUCAAGUCCUACGAAGCCCAGGAUCCUGAGAUUGCCAGCCUGUCAGGCAAACUGAAGGCCCUGUUCCUGCCGCCCAUGACGCUGCCACCCCACGGGCCUGCUUCGGGUAGCAGCGUCACUGCCUCCUGAGGGUUGACCCUCCCUGUGACCCUGCCCUGGAAGAGAAGACCUUGGUGUGCCAGAGGAUAAUAAAUGUGCUUGUGACA